AUGGCAUCUCCCGGAGGGGCGCCACCCGCCCAGCCUCCGCGCAGCCCCACCUGCUGCCGCUGCCGCUGCUCAGGCGCGCACCCCCCGCUGCCACGCGGCGCGCUCCCCGCUGGCCCGCCGCCCGUGGCCGGGGCGCCCUGCGCGGCGCUGCCGGGGGGCUCUCUCCGGCGCAGCGCCCAUCCCCGGGAGGCGAGGCGAGGGGGCGGCAGCCUCGCCCUCCCCAGUCACCGCGACGGGCCGGGGGUCCUCCCAGCGCAGCCUCGCCCUCCUGCCGGAGAAAGGGCGCAGCAGGCGGGCGGGCAGAGGCGCAGCGCGGGGGGCUCUGCGGUGGAUGCGGCAGGCUCAGCUGCGCGCCUCCAGCUCCUGCUGCUCAUCGGCUCACUGCCUGCCGCCGCCUCUGCCUCUUUCGCAGUCUGCGGCUCCUGCUGCUGCGGAAGCGGCUCCGCCAAGGAGGCGGCUCCGCGCGCCCCCCGCUCCGGACCACGCCGCGCAGGGAAGGGUCCUCGGCCAGCCCCUCCCCGCCCAGCCCCAGCAGCAGCCGGGGACUCCAGAGCGCCCUCCUUCCCCUCCGAGACGAGGGGUCUGGCAGGGAGCAGGGGGACCCAAGGCGGCUCAGAAGAAAAGAGAGCCGUAGAGUGGCCCAGGAGGAAGCGGGUGCCAGAAGGGUGGGAAGAGGCACCAGCAACAGGACAGGCCAUGCGAAGGGAGGGGCGGAGGAAAUCGCCCUGCCCUCCCUCCAGGAGUGUGGACUGA